CUUAAGUGUAGGUCAGCGUGAGUAGUUCUACAAAUGUCGUUCUCCCCACACCAUGUUUACUCUCAUAUUUCUACUGGAAUAUGGUAUCGUAAUGGCGCGUGCGAACUGGAACCCAAUUUGUGUACAAAGCUGUGACAAACAGCUGACGAACAGUAUGUCAUGUGAUAUCUUGGAACGAUACGAUGACUGUACACGUAUACCAUUUCUUGGUUUCACGCCGGUUAAACAGCAAGAUUUACCCCAACCACCAGUCAGCAUGAACGUCACGUGGUAUCCUUCGUACUGGGACGGUGCGAUGAUUAUUCCUGCGUUGAAUGUUAGUGUGACGUUAAUCACAGCAGAUUUAGGGCAUGUAUCAGGACUUGUAUUCAUCCUGCGUGGACUGACCAACAACCACCUAUUCGAAAAAUAUUCAUACUUCGGCCGCGAAAUCUGUCAGACUUUCAACUUUUCUGGGUCUGUCUCACAGGAGGAGGUGCCGCCACUUGUCACGUUUUACUGGGACUGUUUCCGGCCCUUGUCGCCGUAUUCACGAUACCAGAUUGAAGUGAUCGUUCUGCCCGUAGCUGACACAGCAUACAAGACAAAUGUGAAAAAAGAAAUCAUAAUACCAUAUAAAAUCCCAUACUGGGGACCUGCGUAUGUGAAUGCAUCAUCAAUAUACAGCAAUGUCUACGUCACAUUCGAUCUACCUCCAGUUGACUAUCUAUUAGAUCGAUUCCAUGUCUACUUAUAUAGAGGCAGUCAACGUGAAUACCAGAAAGUUAUCUUGCCUGGGGAUAUAUCUCGCAAAAGAAACCAACUUUAUUCAAAGGGUCUCGAGCUAACACUUAUCACUGCUACCUUCUAUGACGUCGAACCUGGAACAUACACAGCAAAGAUUAUGCCUAAACCAACUAAUGCCAGUGUUUGUAAAAUCCCCAAGCAAAGCAAGGCAUGUUUAAUCACCGUGUCACUGAACUUUACAGUCUCUGUUUCAGAUGCACCAGACGGUAAGACCAACGUCCUGACUAAAGUUAUUGCGUCAGUGCUGGGCACAGCAUUCGCCGUGCUUCUUAUUGCUGCAAUGCUUCUUUUAUAUCGUCAAUAUCGAUGCAAGUUACUGGACAAUUACAUAGAUGGAGAAAGGCAAAGACAAAAGUUUUAUCUUUUUGGAAACAGGUCUGGUAGUCGGUGCAAUUCUGUCAAUUCACGCGCGAAUUCGUCAACAGAAAAUAACAGUAUCCAUCAAACGACAAUGCCUAAUGGCGAUCUUUGCAUGAAUGGCGGGUUGACAGACACAACUGUGGAACCUAGUCCAGCAAGGGUUAUGUUACUCUGCUCCAAUGACAACGACCACCACAUGAAGAUUGUGCUCCUCUUUGCCGAAUUUCUGGCAUCUGAUUGUGAUUGUCACGUGGUGUUCGCCAAGUUCUACGAAGUGGAAAUCGCUGAACUUGGCAUAAUGCACUGGGUGUGUUAUCAAUUUGAAAAGGCCAGUAAAAUUAUUAUCGUCAUGUCUGAUGGAGUAGACCGGAUCUGGAGAAAAGAACCCCUUUUGCAUCGGAACGAUUUUCAAGAGUCAAGUGCAAGAAAUAUUUGUAAUAACGUAUUGUCAGUUGCGCUCAAUCUAAUCUCGCACGGUGAUGUCAUAUCCGGAAGUGACAAAUACGUUUAUAUCACUCUGUCAGAUUCCCGGAACCAAGAAAUUCACACUCCUAUCAAAGUAUUCGGGACCCAUUACCGAAUGCCCAGAGAUGCGGAUUCACUGUAUAUAAACUUGAAUCGAUUGCCCGGCCGAUCACUUGGGCGUCAUGGGAAAAGACACCUCAAAACGAAACUUAAAAAAGCCUUGAAUGGAAUAAACGAAGAGUUUGUAACCCAAAAACAUUGCGCAAUGGACACGUACACAUUCCCAUCAAACCCAGAGUGUAGUAUUCCCGCACCGCCUGAACGACGUGUUACAUCUGACCGCAGUGAUUGCCAUCUGUACAUCAAUCAUUCGGAACAGAUAAUGUCUGAGAAUACUGACGAUGUUGCUAUGGAUACCACUUCUCUCCGUUGUCCUGGUUAUCACACGGACAAUAAUAACAUUGAAUUAGGCUUUCGUUAUUACCCUGACGAUGAAUGUGACCGCUUUUCAUCAUUAGGUGGGCUUGCAAUGCAGAUGAAUUUUCCAUCUCAACAAAUUUCUGACUCGUGA